AAGUUUCUUCUGGACGGCGCUUAUGAUUCACAAUUUUUUAAAAACUGAUUGAUUUUACCACGUGUUUUUAGGAGAACCUGUGGUUGACCUACCUAACGGGUUGAAUGCUAAUUUUCCAACUAAUAAAGUUGACCACUUGAAAGUUUCAGCCGUAAAAAGGCCGUUCAAUGUUGAGAAUACUGACGAAGAACAAGCACCACAAGCAACGCCUUCGGCCUUCGCACCAACUGUUUCACUACAGUAUGUUAUGUUUACCAUUCUUCGCCUUCUUCAGAGCGUUUGGAUGCAGCCGAAUGUUAAUAUGCCUGACGUUUUGGCACUUAUGCAACAGUAUUAUACCAACUUAUCAAUGAAUUCUGCUUCCAUGUUAGGGAUGACAAAUUCCCCUGUGACGCCCUCGACGAAUGGGAGCGCUUUUAAUGCAGUGGCUAAGACCGUUUCGACAGAUGAGCAGUCUCCAUUGAGUCAGAUGUCGUCAGCUGUCUCAUUCGGGGUGAAUUAUGGUCGUCCAGAGUCAUCACAAGGUUCCACGGUAUUACCAGAAAACAAGCCUAGUGCUUGGAGUGCAAUCAGCACUUCCAAUCAAAAUCGAAGGAGGGCUGCUACGAGCAGUAAUGACAAUUUGGUUACGGUUUCUCCUGGUGCAGGGACUCCAUCAGCUGCUAUAUGUAAAGUGCCGAAGGUUGACUCGCAAACUGUUGAGGAAAACAGCAAUGAGGAUGCGAAGUCGGCGCAGUUAAAUGUGGUAGAUGACGAUGAGUUGGCCUUCGCGGAACCUGCAGCUAGACGUGACGUUAAUGCGAAGAAAGAUCGUUGUUCGUUUUGUCAUAAAGUUUUUACGAAUAGGUCAAAUCUGAUUGUACAUUUGAGAAGUCAUACUGGGGAGAAGCCAUAUAAAUGUAGAUUGUGCCCAUACGCAUGUGCGCAGAGUAGUAAGCUUACGCGGCACAUGAGAACUCAUGGACAGCAAGGCAAAGAAACGUAUCAUUGCCAUAUUUGUCGAAUGCCGUUUUCUGUUCAUUCAACACUAGAAAAGCACAUGCGUAAAUGUGUUGUUACAAAUAACCAGUAUAAUCGCACCCUUAGUCAACAGAACUCUCUUGUUGGUGCUGACAAUACAAACGAAAGUCCUGCAAAACCAACAGCAACAAGUUUAGCAGACGCCAAUUCGCUGCUAGCGCUCUCGAACGGAUCGUUAAAUUCCUCGCAAUUGCAUUCGUCCAUACAGAGCAAUCAGAUAGUCUUGAAAUGGUUGCAGGCAAUGAAUGUUAAUUCAUCUGCUCCAUCGGCUUUGUCUUCUACUGGACCUACCAGUAAUAAUAAAGAAGAGUUAGCAGGCGAUGAAGAAGAAUUGGCGGAAACUGAGACUUCAGAUAUGUUACAAGGGGUUAAAAAGGUACGAGUUUUGCUUGCACUGAUUUGA